AUGGCGGAGACAUUACUUGCCCUUCUACUUGUUACCAACUCCGCCAAAGGCUCAAAUCUCGUCUUCCGAUGGCCCGAAUCGCCUCAGUCAUCUCCUCGACUCAGCCGCUCGCGCCCGGACCCAAAGCUUUCAUUAUCUCAACUUGACAACCCAUGGAAAGCAUCCCAUUCACAAGACGCGUUGGAGAGAGCCGAAGUUUUGCCACCCAAAGACUACGCUCACGACCCAGAAUAUCGUUGGGAACGACCAAACGCCCUCCGAGAUAGAUCCCUCUCGUAUUCGCAUGAAUCCGGUCGGGCAUCUCCUUCACGGGAUAUGGCAUAUAGCUUUGACAAAGUUUCAUCGCCAGACGAAUAUGACCAUGUGUUGGGAUAUUCAGGAGAGUUCCUUGCAAAUGUACUAUGCCCACACAAGGCAAUGUGUCACCAGAAGUUUGAACUGGUGGUAGAUGAUCUUGCAUUCAUAGGACAUCCCGUCUGCGCGGAUUCCGAUACUCGUUGGUCCUUCAAACCGGAGAAAAUCAAGCCUGGUUCUAGAGGGCGCGAGGAGCGGGAUCUGGAUAGCUCUUCUUCGCCUCAUAUUGCAGAGAAUUCCACCUCACUAAGCCCAGAAUUAACUGGUUCUGAGCCGCCAUCUUCAGGCAAGGCUCCAUGGCUCCAUACAUUCCAUUUAGUGCUGGUACUCGACCUCCCUGAUCCUUCCUCGUCCGCGUCCGGAAAUUUAGCAAAAUAUUUCAACACCCUAUACGAACAAAUCGCUUUCACUCUUACAGCCGUUUUAUACCAAGAACAAGUUUUAUCCAAUUUUGUAGAAGAAGAGUGCGAUGUACUGUUAUCCCUUAAAGAGACCUGCAUUACAAACGGAGAACCAUAUUCGAAGUAUUCCGCCAGUGCUCUCGAAAUUUCAUCAAUCGCCCCCGCCAUGAAGACGAUAUUUGAAGCUAUAAAAUCUUCCUCUAUGGCCUACGUUACUAUCAAUUACCUUCCCCUCGAGCUCCAACUCCCACCCUAUCUUGACAGUCUCUUACAUAGCCAAGACGAUCAAGACGCAGACAGUAUUGAUCCCUAUGAUGAUGACCCAACAUUGACUUGGGGCGAACACAUGAAUCUCGGGUGGAAACUGCCUACCAUGGCACCAUGGAAGACUUUGUUGCUUUUGGAUAUCGACAAUGAAAUGGAUCCACAUCAAAUACUUAACGGUCCUCAUGGAAAUGCGGACGACAAGACAUUAGCAGAGGGACUUGUUCGGUUCCUGGAGACUGCGUCUGUAACGUUAUCUCUCUAUGACAUGGCAAACCUUUUAGACUGGGAUCUGGAAUCUCAAGUAUAUCCCAUUGUCCGUUGGCUUGUACUUCAUCGAAGGGCCAAGGUUGUGGAUGUAGUUCAUGCGGGAUUAAAAACCGCCUUUGCUCUGUCGCCCAAGUUUGGGUCAACACUUUCACAGUUAUCCACCGAAUUCCAUGACGCAUUUCCACACCCUGCCAUCCCUCCUCUGGCUCAAAUCCUUGCAACAGUGUCGGCUUCAACAUCAAAGCAAACAGACAACCACUUUUUCGCCUCGGUCGUGAAAUCAAAGGAGUUGAUUCCCAUGUACCAUGACGUAGUUCUUUGGAUGCUGAAGAGAGAUAUUCUAACUACUCUACACUUACGAAUUCGCGUGGUUGCCACCCGGGAAUUGAAGCUUCGUGUCAAAGAGGAGAGAGACAGAAAGAUAAUGCAAUCUGGAGGUUCUGUUAAAUUCCAUAAACGGUCAAAGUCUGGAUCGGACAACGGGGAUAGCGUCUCUAGAACAAGAAACCCGUCGUUCUUUCUUAGCCCGAGGUCAGCACGCAAUUUUGCAAGACGGAUUUCGUCGAACGAGUCAGGGAAGAGCGAAAUAAGCGAGUUGAACUUUGACAUUGACGAACCAAUGCAUAGGUUGGUCGAGGAGGAGGAGGCCAGUGAUUCUGAACAAGAUAAUUCUGAAGUUGAUGACCAAGAGGAAUCAGGAUGGGAUACUACAGAAGAUCAUCUUUCGCCCAGUAUGAUAAAUGACCCUGGUAAAGCUACGCCAAUGCAGCGCCGCUGGCUUUCUGCAAUGUCGGACGGUAAAGACCCUGCCAUCGCAAAGCGAUUCGAACUUAUAAAUCAAUAUUUCGAUGGCAAAAAAUCGGAUGAUGAGAUUCUAUAUCGCGCUGAAAUAUCUAGGAAGCAGCUACGAGAGGUCCUUCAUCAUUACGAGGACUAUUUGCAGACCUUCUUGCAUCCUUCAUGA